AUGGUGAAUGUAGAUAAUAAUAACUUUUAUUUCGAUAUUAAAAAUUAUUUUAUUCGAUUUGUACCCAAUCAAGAUAAUUUGGAUAUAAUAAAUGGAGAUGAUAAAUUAAAUUUAUCAAUCAAUCCUAUAAGUAGAAGUAUUCGUCAUGCACUUGAAUAUUGUGUCAAUGAUUUAAGACGUGAUCGUGAUAAAACUAUCGAACGACUUCUUAGUGAAAAAACUGUUAACGAUAUUUUUCGUUCUAUAGCACAGUUAUUACUAAGCAACGAUGAUCGUGUCUGUGGUAAUAGUGCUUAUAUUUUGGGUAGUGCAGUAGAAUUAGAACCAGGUUUAAAACAAUUUUUAACUGUAUUUUCCACUGAUCGUACAUCGAAUACUGUUGAUAUUAUACGAGUAUUAUGUCAUUUAUUAAAACAUUCUGAUUCUGAAUGUGUUUUGAAUGCUGCUGGUACGCUUGGUACUAUAUGUAGUUCAAAAGAAGGACGUGAUAUAAUAUUAAAUCAUGCUUGUAUUGCUCAAAUGAUUAUAAAUACAUCAUCAUUAUUAUCUUCUACUAAUCCGUGGAUUGCUAGUAAUGUUGCAUUAGUACUUGCUAGAAUUACUGUUGAAGAACUUGGUUGUCAAACAAUAUUGACACACUCUAAACAUCGAGAAAUUUUAAAUCAACUUACGUCAGCACUUGAUAUUAGUGAACCAAGUCGUUCGACAAAUGCUGCUUUUGCUAUUGGACGUUUAAUUGAAAAAGAUGAAGGAAAAAAAAUAUUAAUUUCUGUUUGUGGACAAUAUAAAAUAUUCGAUGCAUUAUUACAUAUGCUUGAAAUAAAUGAAGAAAAAGGUGUAAAUAAAAAUGCUUGCUAUGCAUUAAGUUGUUUAUGUACAACUCAUUAUGGUUUUCAAUUAUGUCUACAAUAUCUAACAGUCUUUCAUCGAAUACUUUUUGCUAUUGAAACAAUACUUUCAUCUAAUGAACAUGAAAAUAUUUGGUUUGCUUUAAUGUGUCUUAGAACAAUUGCGCAAUAUGAUGGAGCUAAUGAUCAUUUAUGUUAUUCAAAAACUUUACCGGAAAAAUUAAAACAAAUACGAGAUAAAUGGAUUACACAUAAAGAUAUUCAAGAUGAAGCUAAAUUACUUUGGUAUAUGAUUUUAUAUAUUAAAUUAGAAUGUCGAAAUACUUCUGCUGAUAUAUCUUGGAAUUUAUGUAUUGAUAAUUGGGAUAAUAAUGAAUUUCAAUAUCGAAUUAUUCUUGAUGACAUACCAAUUGCUGUAACAAAUAAUGCAAAUUAUUGUUUAAAAAAUUUAAAAGCAAAUACAAAUUAUAGUGUACAAGUUCAAUAUGUAACAUCUCAUGGUGACAGUAUUCCCAGUGAUCCAACUCUAUUUCAUACAGAUGAAGAAUUACCUCCGCCUAUUAAUAAUCUUCAUGUUGUACGUAGAACAAUGACAGCAGCUCGUAUUGCUUGGGAAUCUCCCGAUCUUAGUGGAUGUAAUUCAUUUAAAGGCUAUCAAGUUUAUUUAGAUAAUUCUGAGUAUGAAUGCACAACUGAAUGUGGAACAACACUUAGUUCAUUAUCAGCUAGUACAACCUAUCAAAUUGAUGUAUGUGUUAUUAGUAAUAAAGGCAAAGGACCACGAGUAACAAUAAAUGUAGUUACUGCUUCAGCAGGUGAUUCAUAUCCAGCACCACCCACAUUUUCAAUAGUAGGUCGACGUGAAAUACAUAUUAAAUGGCAACCACCAGAAGUUAUGUCUGGCCGUUUCAGUCGUUAUGAACUUUUAUGUAAUAAACGAUGUAUUUAUUCAGGUACAGAUCAAGAAUAUCAUGCAACAAUGCUUAAACCAGAUACAGAAUAUACUAUGGAAGUUAUUGUUAUUACAAAUGAAGGUCGAUUUCGUAGUCGACCAGCAAAAGUUCGUACAUUAAAAGAUGAAUUUAGUAAUGCACAUCGUCAUUCACUUUAUGAACCACCACCACCAAACCAAAAUUUAUCUAAAUUAAAACGAGUAGAAACAUUUGAUUCUUCAAUGCUUUCAGGCAUCAAUAGUAUUACGUCGAAAAUAUCAUCAAAAUCUGAACGACGUCUAUCUAGAGAAAAUAGUGUACCAAAUCGCAAUGUCGAUAUGACAACUGUUCAUACAUUACAAUUAAAACCACAAAACUUAUCUAAUACCCGAUCAUUACCCGGAUUAGUAAAAGUUGCUCAAUCUCGUCAAGUAGGAACAAUAAAAACACAUCAUACUCAUCGAUCCCAAACAAAUUUAAUAACUUCAAAUCAACGACAAGUUCAAGCACGAAUAACAGCUUCUGUUAUUGUUCCUACACUUGCAAUCGAUCCUGAUCCUAAAAUAAAAUGGGCAACACCUGUUACACAUAAAGUAACACAAUCAACGUCAUUUCGACUUGCAGUAGCCUCAAAACCAUCUCCAAUUUUAAAUGAUGCACGAAAAAUUGAUCGUGCUGUGUCAACUUCCUUACCAGAUCUACCAUUAGAUAUGACACGAACGAAAUCAUUUAUUCCAUCAUAA